UGAAUCACCAUGUCACUGUCCAAUGCACCUAUUUCAAGUGCUCAACAAAAAGCUCAGCUACCCAACCCGCUUCAUCUUACUGACCCUCAGAUUCUGGACAAGGUUUAUCUCACCCAUCUCCAUGAUGAUGAAAAGUGUGAUAAAGAUAUCCUUUUCAACAUUGUCUCCAACAUUCUACUCAAGGUAAAAAAUACAGCUGCUGUGACCAGUUUCCAACCAGAAUUUCGUACACUGAAGCUGAUUUCUUGUCAGAUGAUAACCACACCUCGUGGGGAACAUUAUGUGCACCAAACAACAAUGUGGAUUCUGCAGCACCUCAAAACAUACGCAUGGGAUGCAAAAGCUCUAGUAACACUGGCUGCUUUCGCUUUGGAAUAUGGGAAUCUUGUGUAUCUCAGAGAUGUUUCAACAUCAGAUCAACUUACAAACUCAUUGAAACAACUGAAUCAAAUUCAAAAUAGAAAGAUCCCGGAUUCCGAGUUGUCCAGGUUGAUGAUGGAAGUGAUUCAGAACAUCCAACUGUGGUCAACAUGGUCUGAUGUUGGUUAUGACACAGUUGAAGUGCCUUCCUUGUCAGAUGCCCUGCAAGAGAUCCCUCUUGUUGUGUAUUGGACUGUUGCUUCCAUUGUUGCUGCUACCGGCAACGUUGUGGGUGUAUCGGACUAUAAAUUAUCAGAUUUUACAGACAGGCUUUCUGUGGUUGUUAACAAUUUGAAGGAACAUCUGACAAGGAGCAAAGAUGAAAUAGAUUCCGUUGAAGCUUACUUGAAGCGUAAGAAGUCAUUUUCCAAUCCUAAAGAUAUUGUAGAUUUCUUGAAGCUUCUGAUCCAACGGAAUGGAUCUGAUGUCCAAAUAUAUGACGGCAGCGACAAAACCAAAACGAAUAUUGAAGUCUUCAAGCAUAAGCAUGUCUUGUUGUUCAUUUCAAGCCUCAACAAGAUUGAAGAUGAGAUUUUGCUGUUGAAUUCUAUCUAUGACAGAUUACAGGAAAAUCCAAAUGAGAUAAUAAAAGGUUACACCAAAGGGGAUUUCAAGAUUUUGUGGAUCCCCAUUGUUGACUGGGACGACCAGCAGGUGCACACAUUCCAUGUUUCGAAGAAUAAGAUCAAAUGGUACGCAGUGGAGGUCUUCUCUGAGUUACCAGGCCUUAGCCUAAUAAGAGAGAAGUUGAAUUAUAAGGAUAAGCCUAUUAUCCCAGUAGUCAAUUCUCUAGGUGAAGUUAUAAAUGAAGAUGCUAUGGACUUGAUUUUCCAAUGGGGGAUAGACGCAUUCCCUUUUAGGAAAAGUGAUGGUUAUGACCUUACUCUAAAAUGGAAGUGGUUCUGGGAUGUAACAAGGAAACUAAAUCUUGGAAUACAGGUCAAAGGGGACAGGUACAUCUUCAUCUAUGGAGGUGUUGACAAUAAGUGGAUUCAAGACUUCACAAUGGCUGUGGAGAAAACAAAAAGGCAUGAAACUAUCUUAAGGGCAGAUGCAAUAAUAGAGCACUAUCAGUUGGGAAAGAAUGACUCCAAGAUUAUUCCUCGUUUCUGGAUUGAAAUAGAAAGCAAGAAACUGAAGAAGCACAACAAUCCCUUAGACUGUGAGAUUCAAGAAAUAGUGAAGAGCUUGCUUUGUCUUAAACAAGAUCCACAAGGAUGGGCCAUUCUCGCCAAAGGCCAUAACAUAAAGCUUCUGGGUCACGGUGAGCCUAUGUAUCAAACUUUGGCGGAUUUUGAGUUAUGGCAAGACAAAGUGCUUCAAAAAGAAGGUUUUGACAUAGCCUUCAAAGAAUACUAUGAUACUAAGCAUAAAGAGGUAUAUGCUGGUCAACCAUGUGCAUAUCUCAAUGUUGAUAACUAUCCUGCAAAUGUCAUAGCAACCAUAACAUGCCCAAAUCCCACGUGUGGGCGUGUGAUGGAGGUUACAUCUGUUUAUUACAAGUGCUGCCAUGGUGAUGCUCCAAACGGUGGCAAGAUCUGA